ACGACAGGGUCUGUCUGGAAACUAUCAACUCUGAGCUUUGUCAGAGUGGGAGCGGGACCAAAUAGAACUGGCCAAGCUGGAUUAUGGGAAACAUACCUUAAGAUACAGAGAAGUUCCUCCCUAUUUCGUGACGAGAUCAGGUAUGAGGCUGUCAAUGAGUUAGUGCAUGUAGAAAAAAUGGAGUUAUUAUCAGCUUGUAAAAUGAUUUCAAUCGUAGUGUUAAUAGAAGUGGCAUCUGUUUUUAUGUCAGGGCAAGAGUUUCUGAAAGGUAUUCACAGUCCAAAGGUCCCGGAUAUAGGAGCUUGAAAUUCAGAAUUAGCAAAUCAAGCACGUCGUCCACCCCCUGGAGAAAGUAGCCCCGCUGAAACACCAGAAACAGUUGUGCACGAGGAAAGCGCCACGUCUGACUGCACAGGUAUGAUGUACUCGAUUAUCUCUCCACCAUUGUGGUUUAUUUGCUUUCCUUUGUUACUUCUUCGGAUUAUUGUACGAGUCUGUACCUUUCAAAUGUGCUUUGAAUUGUCGCACAUGUAGUUUUCUGUAAACUGUUUUCUAUUUUGUUCUUUUGGUCGAAGUACUUCAGUCACAUGAAACUGAUGACCUAUUAUUAUCCCUGACUCUUACCACAGAUGAAGGAAGCGAAAUUGCUUCUAGCCCUGAUGUUGUUCUCCCCACAACAAGUCGAGAGCUUUCCUCACAUCCCGCGGGAGAACCAAGUGCCACACCAAACGGCAUAAGACCUACUAAUCCCACUCCUGCGCUUGCUACUGGUAAGGACACCCCCACCACUGUCCGUCCAACUAAUCCUACCCCUUCACGACUACACGACAGGCCUUAACGACUGCUAAUCCUCGUCCCAGUAAUCCAACACCUCUCCAGGCCUCUGAGCCUCUUUUCCAAGGUUCCUCUCUCCAGGGGGACUCCCCACAGUGGAAAGUCCCCCUCGUCACAAGAGGAGAGAUUGGAAGGACCCAUCGAACUAAAAGACCCAGAUGGCUAUGAAAACGGUCUAAUUGUUUCAGGUGGGGCUCUAUUGCAACAGUUUAUCAUGUCAUGCAUUGCUAUGCAGUGUUGUGCUGUGCUGUGCUGUGCUGUGUUGUGCUGUGCUGUGCUGUGCUGUGCUGUGCUGUGCUGUGCUAUUCUAUACUUGUGUUCUCUGAACUGAGUGGUGCGACUCCUGUUAAUUGUGUAUGUAUAGUGUCACUUCUUGUUAUGAGUCCAGAAACUUACUUAAUUCGCUUUUGUUUUCAAGUAAAUGACUUUUUUUAAUCGGGUAAGAACGUUAUAUGAAUGGAUCAAUUAUCUCUUAACAGCUGAAAUGCCGCACGUCGGUCCCGGAAGUUUGUAACUCGAUGUUACCAGAGAAACUAAGAAUGACUUUUUUUAAUCGGGUAAGAACGUUAUAUGAAUGGAUCAAUUAUCUCUUAACAGCUGAAAUGCCGCACGUCGGUCCCGGAAGUUUGUAACUCGAUGUUACCAGAGCAACUAAGAAAGAUAAAGUUAAACUUCCCAGCUGUAUAAAGAGUUCUAAACCUGGAGCUCUUCCCAACAGCCAGGUGCGUUUCUGCAAUUGACACCUGUUGCACAAAUUUGAAUGAAUAAACUCGCAGCCAAAAUGUUCUCUCCUCUGUCAAACCAUAGGGUUUCUUAAACCAAACAUUAGUGAAGUGAGAGCGGUGCGUUGUUGGAAUGUGCAGUUUGUUGUAACUGCCUAGUACCUUACGGGGAGGGCGAGAAAGGUUGUAUUUUUCAUUUCUUCACGAUCAUAGUUUACUCUAUACUAGAGAAAUAUUUGUGUGACGAAUUGCUGGGUACUUGAAGUUAACACAGUCUCUCUUUAUAUUGAUGUUAAGUUCUGAUCAUUAUCUGUUAUUUUUUUCAAUCAAAUUUUAGAUCUAUAAAAUCGAGGACCCCGUGCGUCGUGGUGUACACACAGUGUCUGUGACUGGUGAUCAGCAGAAAGUCGCGAAUCUUUGAGGCUUAGAGCUGCAGCCUCCACAGGUGUCUUUUGGGGUGCUAAAGGAAGGCUGCACUUACGUUCAUAGUGUAAUACUGAAAAACAUCGGCAUUGAUAGUUGUCGUUGCAAGAUAAAGCAGCCACCACUAUCGACUGGCUUGCCUGUCAACCUGGACUGGUAA